CGAUAACCCGUCCCGUCGUGUGACCAAAACGUUGCGACUGGACGUGCUGUGUAGAGAGGUACCCGUCCACCAACUACGCCCAAAGUAGAAGUCCCCAAACUUGACUCUUCCAUUCGUCCAAGUCAAGGUGAUAGCUUCUCGGUACUAGCUGCUAUCCUAUAAAACCACCGUCCCCCUCUGGUCCCGUCUGCGUGGCUGUCUCUCUUCCCUUGCGACGUUACGGGAACACUCCUCUCCUCUCCAUGCGGAGUUUUUGGUCCUUUCCCUCUUCUUGCCUGACAGCAGUUGCGUCUUCUGUCCCCCGACCAGCCAGCCGCUCCCAAGCCGCCAGGGUUCUACAUAAUCUGCCCAGGGCCUUGACUGCCUUCCCUCAGCCGUCACGUACGACCAGAGCAUUCUCUCUCACAUCAAGAUUAUUCCAACAUCUUAGAGCCGCUUCGGACGAAGAGACCAUGACUGUCAACACAACGGAUCGCUUGGCCGCUCUACGGUCUCUCAUGAAGGAGCGCAAUGUUGACAUCUAUGUUGUCCCCUCGGAAGACAGCCAUGCCUCCGAGUACAUUGCCGAAUGCGACGCCCGCCGUGCUUUCAUCUCGGGUUUCACUGGCUCGGCUGGAACGGCAGUCGUCACACUAGACAAGGCCGCCUUGGCCACGGAUGGUCGUUAUUUCAACCAGGCCUCCAAACAGUUGGAUGAGAACUGGCACCUGCUCAAGACCGGGCUCCAAGAUGUCCCCACCUGGCAAGAAUGGACAGCAGACGAAUCCGCUGGCGGAAAAUCUGUUGGCAUCGAUCCCACCCUGAUUUCCCCGGCGGUAGCCGACAAGCUCGAUGGCGAUAUCAAGAAGCACGGCGGCGCAGGCUUGAAGGCCAUCAACGAGAACCUGGUGGAUCUCGUAUGGGGAGAUAGUCGACCACCUCGUCCCAGCGAGCCGGUCUUCUUGCUUGGUGCCAAGUACUCAGGAAAGGGCACAGCAGAGAAGCUCACAAACCUGCGCAAGGAGCUCGAAAAGAAGAAGGCCGCUGCUUUCGUCGUAUCCAUGCUCGACGAAGUCGCAUGGCUUUUCAACUUGCGCGGCAACGAUAUCACAUACAACCCCGUCUUCUUCUCUUACGCCAUCGUUACAAAGGACAGCGCAACCUUGUACGUCGAUGAGUCAAAACUGAAUGACGAGGUCAAGCAAUAUUUGGCUGAGAACGGCACUGGGAUCAAGCCUUAUAACGACCUCUUCAAGGACACCGAGAUCCUUGCGAAUGCUGCCAAGAGUACUAGCGAGUCGGACAAGCCCACCAAGUACCUGGUUUCAAACAAAGCCUCAUGGGCUCUCAAGUUGGCGUUGGGCGGCGAAAAGCACGUGGACGAGGUCAGGAGUCCUAUUGGGGACGCAAAGGCCAUCAAGAACGAGACGGAACUUGAAGGCAUGAGGAGAUGUCACAUCCGUGAUGGCGCCGCCCUAAUCAAGUACUUUGCCUGGCUUGAGGAUCAGUUAAUCAACAAGAAGGCCAAGCUGGAUGAGGUGGAGGCCGCCGACCAACUGGAACAGUUCAGAAGCGAACAAGCCGACUUUGUUGGUCUUUCCUUCGAUACCAUUUCUUCCACCGGACCAAACGGCGCAAUCAUCCACUACAAGCCCGAAAGGGGCGCCUGCUCAGUGAUUGACCCUGAUGCCAUCUAUCUCUGCGACUCAGGCGCACAAUUUUGUGACGGAACAACGGAUGUCACGAGAACGCUGCACUUCGGCCAACCGACCGAUGCCGAGAGGAAGUCUUAUACUCUGGUUCUUAAAGGCAACAUUGCUCUGGACACUGCGGUAUUCCCCAAGGGAACUAGUGGUUUUGCGUUGGACGCCUUGGCCCGCCAAUUCCUCUGGAAAUACGGGCUAGACUACCGCCACGGAACCGGCCACGGAGUUGGAUCUUUCCUAAACGUCCAUGAAGGGCCCAUCGGCAUUGGUACUCGGAAGGCGUACAUCGAUGUUCCUCUGGCUCCUGGCAACGUGCUGUCCAUCGAGCCUGGUUACUAUGAGGAUGGCAACUACGGAAUCCGUAUUGAGAACCUGGCCAUUGUUCGUGAAGUAAAGACGGAGCACCAGUUUGGCGAUAAGCCGUAUCUGGGCUUCGAGCAUGUCACCAUGGUACCCUACUGCAGGAAGCUGAUUGAUGAGAGCUUGCUAACGCAGGAAGAGAAGGACUGGCUAAACAAGUCCAACGAGGAGAUUAGGAAGAAUAUGGCAGGCUACUUUGAUGGAGAUCAGCUCACGACGGAGUGGCUGCUGCGGGAAACGAGCCCGUUUUAGGUUGUUUUUGAAGCCGAGUUUCAAACCCGACCGUCCAGACGAUUUAGCUCAGAGCUUGGAAAUAUGUUGGGCGUUGGAGUAUUUUGGAUCCGCCCCUAAAAAUGAGACUUAACAGAACAUCCACAUCAAGUCUGCACUGGAUGUUUUUCAACUGGACGAGUGUGCCGAAGGAUCCCAGAACUGCCUUGCGCCAGGGCUGACCGGGAAUCUAGCGAUUUUUUUUUUUUUACAUGACCGCUGCUGCUAUAUGGCGCUUGGGCUGGUUUUUUUUUGGCACCCAUGGCGGCUCUCAUGUCUUUCAGAUGGCUAUCUGUUGUGGCACACAAGCCGGGUGGUCAACACGAAGCUGGUCAUUGGUCGUUCAAUGUAGCGAAAGGAGCGAGGAUAGUCAUGGAUGUUCAAAGUUGGAAAACCAGAACAGUCUCAAACAUUGGAUAUCUGAUAGUCUUUCAAAACGCCUAAAAUGACCAAUACAUAGACAGCGUAUCACCAUCCAUGUCUUGAUGCCGACUCUGCAAAAUUCUCCCCCG